GGCACUGACUGGCAUCACUGCUGGCAACUGACUGGCGGCACUGCUGGGCACUGACUGGCACAACUGCUGGGAACUGACUGGUGCCACUGACUGGCAGCACUGCUGGGCUGCACUGAUGGGCACAGGUGGGUGGCACUGGUGGGCACAGGUGGGUGGCAAUGCUGGGCACAGGUAGGUGGCACUUCUUGGCACACUUGUGUGACACUGCUGGGUGGCACAAGUGGGUGCACUGCUGGGCACAGGUGGGUGCACUGCUGGGCACAGGUGGGCGGAACGUGUGGGUGGCACUGCUAGGCACCGAUCAUCAGGGCACUGAUCAUCAGUGCCCUGAUGAUCAGUGCCGAUCCCUGCUCUGUCAACUGCCGGUUCUCGUCAGUACUUUCCUCACGAUCUGACAGUGUGAGGAAAGUGCAGCCGAGAACCGGCAAUUGCAU